UACAAACAACUGGCCAGUGACUCAAAGUGGAACCCAGUCACAGUGAUCAUAACACUUAAGCUUCAUAGAAACCAGCUUUCAACACUUUGUCAUGUUUCUUUAUUUAUACCCUAAUCUAAUUCACACACCAGCAAAGAGAAAAAGAAGAAAAUCAAAGCAACCCUAAAAAAAUAUGGUGACCUUAAUAUCAUCAUCUGCAUCAACACCAAAGAUAUCUUUUGAUUUCACCAAGGACAGCAACUAUUCCAGCCUCAAUGUUCCUGUCUCUUCUCCUUCUUCUUCUUCUUACUUGAGAAGCAAGGAAGAAGCUGUUGUCACAACCAAGCAGCUCAUGGAACCCUGCAAAACCCUAACCAUAAACAACAAUCCUAAAGAUGAUCAUGAGGUUGGAGAUGAGAAGAAAACGGUGAAGAAAGCUCCUGAAGAGCCAGAGAUUGGUGUGUUUGGAGCUGAGAAGUACUUCAAUGGAGACAUGGAUUCAGACCAGAGUUCUAGUGUUCUGUCUCUGACAAAACCCGAAGUUGAGAGAUUCGUUGUUGAUCUGAAACAGAGUGAGAAGAAAUCUAAUGAAACGCCGAGUGUCUGUACUGAAUCAAGCUGGAAUAGUCAGAGUAUGUUGCUUAAGAACAAACUGGUGAGUAGCUGCAACGGUUCCUUGCAAGAGAAGAAGAAGAACAACAAUAGUGGUCAGAUUCAAAAGGUGAACAACAACAAUAAGAUGAGUUUUCUCUCAAAUCUAAGGUGUAAAUGCUGUUCUGAUGUGGAUGAUAAGAUCUCGGUUAAGAGAAGCUCUGAUCCUAAUAUCUCUGCUUCCGCUAGGAUCAAGAUCGAGAAUCAGAUGAGUUCUUCAGUGAAUCUGAACACGGAACUGAUCAAGAUUCAGAAGCAAGAAGAGUUAGUACAAAGGAAGGCUCCUGAAGUGUUUGGAUCUCCUGUAAAUAUCGAGAAGAAACUGAUCACAUUGCCUCCAUGGGAAUCAAGAAGAAAGGAAGAAGACACAAAGAGUGAAGGGAGUGACUCAAGCUCGGAUCUGUUCGAGAUAGACAAUCUCACAGGUAAGCCAAAACCUUUUCUUUCAAGGCAAGUAAGUGAUUAUGCUCCGAGCGAAGUAAGCAUAGAGUGGAGCGUAGUGACAGAAAGUGCAGCAGGUUUCUCUGUUAUGUCGGAGUGUGCAACAAGCCCUAUUCGGAAAACGAAUAGCAGCAGCAGCAGAAGUGGUGGUGGUUUCUUGUUGAGCUGUAAGAGUUAUAAAUCUGUUAUGGUUUCUGGUGAUUCAGAGAGAAGACGUAGCAUGAACAAAAACAAGACGUCCCCAAGUUAUGUUCCGAGGUUCCCAAUGGAGACUACUAAACCUAAGAGUUUGGAAACACGAAGAAAACUCACAGUGAGUGCACAACUGUAAUUAAAACUUUAUGUAAUGUCUUGUUGUGUUCUUGAUCACAAAAAGAAAACUCAAAAAGUGUCAUUUGGUUAGAAAGUCAAAAACAGCACUCUAAUCAGUUUAGAAAACACAGAUCCGAAA